AAAAAUACAUAUAUAAUUAUCAAAAUAUUGCGAAGUUUUGCUUCAAAAAUUAUAUUAUCCACAUUUUAACUAAGAAAGGCUGCUGUUGUGCGUCCUUAGAGGUAGAUAUUAAUAUAAGAGGUGAUGAGUGAGAGAAGUCAUCCUGUUUGGGAAGCGAGAAAAUUACAGUAGAAAAAAGAGGGGGGAAAAGCCAUGAUUUCGAGGCGGAGUCGACCGUCUUCUUCCGCAUACUUUCUCCUCCACCUAUUCUUCUUCGUUGUUUCCUUUUGUUGCAGCAAAUCCAACGCCCAAAACGCCACCACUGAUCCCGCGGAAGCGAGGGCAUUGAACUCGAUAUUUCAACAAUGGGGUACACAAGCAGUUGAUUCAUGGAAUAUCAGUGGAGAGCCAUGUAGUGGGUCUGCACUGAGUCAAAGUGACUCAGUGUUUGAAGACCCUACAAAUAACCCAGCUAUCAGAUGUGAUUGCUCUUUCAACAGCAACACUCUUUGCCACAUUACUCGAUUGAGAGUAUAUGCUUUAGAUAGAACAGGAGUUAUACCAGAGGAACUUUUGGGUUUGCCUUUUCUUACCUUUUUGAAGAUUGAUCAAAACUUCUUCACUGGUUCAUUGCCAGCAUUUAUCGGAAAUAUGUCAAGAUUAGAGUCACUGUCAAUUGCUCAUAAUGAUUUCUCUGGACCUAUUCCAAAGGAGCUAGGAAAUCUUAGGCAGUUAAAAUUGCUGUCUUUUGGCGAGAAUAGAUUCUCCGGAACACUGCCUCCAGAACUUGGUAACUUAGUCAACCUUGAACAACUUUACAUUAACAGUUGUGGUUUGGGUGGUGAGGUUCCCUCCACAUUUGCCAACUUUGGAAACCUGCAAGUUCUGUGGGCAUCUGACAAUGCUUUCACAGGCAAAAUACCUGAUUUUGGAGGCAAUAACUGGACUCAGCUUACAUCAUUGAGAUUUGAAGGGAACUCUUUUGAAGGACCUAUACCUUCCAGUUUCGCAAACUUGAACUCAUUGACAUCUUUGCGAAUUGGUGAUAUUUACAAUGGGAGCUCUUCUUCUCUUGAUUUCACAAGAAAUUUAAACAACUUGACUGACUUAGUUCUAAGAAAUGUGCUACUCACUGGUACUUUGCCAUCUUAUAUCACAGAAUUACAAUCUUUGCAAAAGCUAGACUUGAGUUUCAACAAUUUAACAGGCCAAAUUCCAAGUGCUUUGUUCAAUAUGGACUCUCUUACAUACUUGUUUCUUGGAAAUAAUAGCCUGUCAGGUCCAAUUCCGAGCCGAAAGAGUGAAACUCUUCAGACUAUUGAUAUAUCAUACAAUAUGUUAUCAGGAAAUUUGCCUUCAUGGAUAAACUCAGAUUUGAACCUGAAUUUCGUGGCCAACAACUUCGAAUUGAACAGCUCGAGCUCAAGGCUUUUGCCCGGAUUAGAAUGCCUUCAAAGAAGCUUUGCCUGCAAUCGGAACUCUCCUCGAUAUGCAAACUUCUCGAUCAAGUGCGGCGGUCCGUGGAUGAUGUCGAAUGGGAUAGUUUUUGAGGCCGAGAACCAAACUCUCGGUGCGGCGGGGUUUAACGUGACGAGUGCUCAGAAUUGGGCAGUUAGCAAUGUUGGUUUGUUCGCGGACCGGCAAAAUCAACUGUAUGUGCAGAACACCUUAGCACAAGUUACACGUACGACCACGCCGGAGCUAUAUCAGACUUCGAGGCUAUCCCCUGGAUCACUUAGAUAUUAUGGCCUAGGCCUCAAGAACGGAUUGUAUACAGUAAACUUGUUCUUUGCUGAAACAGCUUUCUCGGACCAAAGCACACGAUCAUGGAGGAGUCUGGGAAGGCGUAUUUUUGAUGUUUAUAUUCAGGGAACUCGGCAAUUAAGGGAUUUUGAAAUAUCGAAGGAAGCGGGCGGUGUUGAGAGAGCAAUAGUUAAGAAUUUCACUGCUAAUGUAACGGAUAAUCAUCUUGAAAUCCACCUGUUCUGGGCCGGUAAAGGGACGUGCUGUACACCGGAACAAGGCUAUUAUGGUCCUUCGAUUUCAGCCAUUAAUGUUGUUCCAAAUUUUAUACCAACCGUCAGCGGGAUACCGCCAGGCACACAUGAAGGGAAGAACCAGACAGGAUUUAUUGUCGGUAUUACAGUUCCCAUAGUUUUCGUGGCGUUGAUACUCGUAUUUGUGAUUAUAUACAUUAAGAGAAGAAAAAAAGACGACGAUGAAGAAGUGUUUAUUGGUAUCGGCCCUAGACCGAACACAUUUAGUUACGCUGAGUUGAAAACCGCCACGGAAGAUUUCAGUCCUUCAAAGAAGUUAGGGGAAGGCGGGUUUGGACCUGUAUUCAAGGGUACACUAUCGGAUGGGAGAGUUAUAGCAGUGAAGCAACUUUCGGUAGCAUCACACCACGGGAGGGAUCAAUUCAUUACAGAGAUAGCAACCAUCUCGGCAGUUCAACAUCGUAAUCUCGUUCAACUAUACGGUUGCUGCAUUGAAGGGAAUAGGCGUCUCCUUGUUUAUGAGUACCUCGAAAACAAAAGCCUUGAUCAGACACUCUUCGGACAUAGCGGCUUGCAUCUCGAUUGGCCGACCCGGUUCAACAUCUGCUUGUCAGUCGCGAGAGGCCUAGCGUAUCUUCAUGAGGAGUCUAGGCCGAGGAUUGUCCAUAGAGAUGUCAAAGCAAGCAAUAUUCUGCUCGAUGCAGAGAUGUGCCCUAAAAUAUCGGAUUUUGGAUUGGCAAAGCUGUAUGAUGACAAGAAAACGCACAUCAGCACUCGCGUUGCAGGCACCAUUGGCUACCUAGCACCGGAGUAUGCAAUGCGAGGGCAUCUCACUGAGAAAGCUGAUGUUUUUGGCUUCGGUGUCGUUGCAUUGGAGAUUCUGUGCGGAAGACCGAACACAGACACUACCUUACAAAUCGACAGAAUUUAUCUUCUUGAAUGGGCAUGGAACCUGUAUGAAAAUGAUCAAAGCUUGAACCUGGUCGAUCCUACUUUAGCCGAAUUCAACAAAACCGAAGCUUUCCGAGUGCUCGGGGUGGCACUGUUAUGCACUCAGGCUUCACCGUCAAUGCGGCCACUGAUGUCCCGAGUCGUCGCAAUGCUUGCCGGUGACAUCGAAGUGAGCACCGUUACAUCGAAGCCAAGUUAUUUGACUGACUAUGAUUUUAAGGAUAUAACAGGCACUUUCAUGAGUGAGGAAACACAAACAUCCAUGGCAUCCAGCACCAGCGACAACACGAUGAAGAGUAACAACAACGCUGUUACGGUGACAGAUCCGGGUCCCUCACCCGUAAAUGUUUCUGGAUUUGGUGACAUUCUCGCAGAAGGGAGGUGAAGAGUCCUUGGAAUCAGAUGUAAAUAUCGGAUACGGGUAUGCUCAUUUUUUUUUUCCUUAAAAUUUCAAUACAUUUGGAGGAUUGUUGAAGCUGUUUUAAAAAAUGGAUACUUUCAAAGAAAAACAAAUAAAGAGUUGGGGCAACGUAGGAUGUUUCCCGAUUUAUUAUUUCACUAAA